ACGUCGCCUGUCUGUGUCUUCUUGAUACAGCUUUCUAGAGAAAGAGAAGCAGGGGGGGGGGCAGCCGCUGAGAUAGGAAAAGCCCGGCCAGAAGCGCCUCGGAGCAACCCAGCCUGUUCUCCCUACAGCGGCGGGGGAAUUACAUAGGAACUACGGGUGGAGCAAGCGCUGGAUAUUUUUUUUUUUUAAUGGCUCCCGCCAGCUGCAGCAUCGCCCGAAGCCUGCCUCUUUUGUAUUGAGAGGGAUUAUUCCUUGGCUGGUUCGAGGGUCCUUUGCUGCCAAGCGGACACGAGUUUCUUCUUGCAAAUGGCUGGCUCACAGAUCAUUCCUCAAGCUUUAUACUUGAGCAACAUGCUGAAAGCUGUGAAGAUAAGAGAGAGAAUGCCUGAAGACCUUGUCAAGUGUGCCAGUGGAAUAAUCCAUCAUUUUAAGAGUAUGCACAAAUAUACUGUGGAGAUGUUUAGAAUAUGUCAGUUUUGCCUGGCAUUUCAGGAGAUUCUUCAAAAGGCACUUAUUGAUCAAGCAACCCAAACCUCACUAGAACGUCAACAGAAGCUCAACUGGUGCCGAGAAGUUAAAAAACUUCUGCCAUUAAAGACUAAUGGAGACGGAAAUUGCCUUAUGCAUGCUGCUUCCCAAUACAUGUGGGGCGUCCAAGACGUUGACUUGGUUCUCAGGAAAACGCUGUUUAGCGCACUCCAGGAGGCUGAUACACGCAACUUCAAGCUGCGCUGGCAACGGGAAACACUGAAAUCACAGGAAUUUGUGGCAACAGGGCUCUGCUAUGAUACCAGGAACUGGGAGGAUGAAUGGGAGAACCUCAUCAAGAUGGCAUCUGCAGAAACGUCAGUUGCCCAAGGAGGCCUUCAGUAUAACUCUUUAGAAGAGAUUCACAUAUUCGUCCUUGUUAACAUCCUAAGGCGGCCAAUUAUAGUUGUUGCAGACAGAAUGAUUAGAAGCUUACAGUCAGGUUCUAGUUUUUCCCCUCUGAAUGUUGGUGGAAUUUACUUGCCUCUCCAUUGGCCGCCAGAAGAGUGCUACCGCUAUCCCAUCGUCCUCGGCUAUGAUAGCAUGCACUUCACACCGCUUGUUGUUCUGAAAGACAGCGGCCCAGAAAUCCGGGCAGUCCCAUUGGUCACCUGUGAAAGAGGCAAGUUUGAAGAUCUGAAGGUGCACUUCCUAACAGACUCUGAAGAAAGGGAGAAAGAAAAGCUGCUAAGAGAGUACCUAAUAGUAAUAGAAAUUCCAGUGCAAGGCUGGGAUCCUGGGACAACACAUCUCAUUAAUGCUGCAAAAUUGGAUGAAGGGAACUUGCCCAAAGAUAUUAAUUUGGUAGAAGACUACUUUCAGCUAGUGCUACAUGAGUACAAGAACUGGCAAGAGAACAGUGGGCCGAGCGGAAGGAAAACAGGCAGACGGGAGCAGCUGGAGUUGCACUUGCCCCAGCUGUCACUGGUGGAGGCAAAGUGUGAGACUCCCAAUUGCCCUUUUUACAUGUCCGUGAGCACCCAGCCCUACUGCCACGAAUGCUUUGAACAGAAGCAACAGGGAAAUAAGGGGAGGAAGCAGAAUCUCCGGACAGGGUCUGAGAAAUCCUGGGCAAAGAGUUCCAGUUCGAUGAAAGGAGAGCUUGCCAAAUUUGCAGCUCAGAGUUGUGAAAAGCCAGGGCCUGAAAAACCUCGCUCUGCACCUCCAACAGCCCCGAGCCUUUUUCUGUACAGCGAAACCACUGCCAUGAAGUGCAGGACACCCGGCUGCCCCUUCACCCUGAAUGUGCAAUAUAACGGACUCUGUGAACGCUGCUACAACUCAACAGGAUUCAGCCCUUGCGACAAUCCAGGUGAGCCAAGGCAUCCAGACUGUGUGACAUGUACCUUCUGCCGUAAGGACACCAAUAGGACAUUCAACGGGAUGUGCAGCACUUGUUUCAAAAGGACUGCAGACUGCUUGGCCAACACCAAGGUGGGCAUUGCACCUUCGGGCCAUCAGAGGUCCACGUCUGACCCCACCCAUUUGUCGCACAGUCUUUUGCAACGUUCUGGCCACUUGGUAGCCGGCAACAAUACAGUAGAGCCAUUGCCCCACAUCCAGUCCCAGAGAGUGGAAGAGAGAAAAGGGACCAGUAAAUGUAGGAAGCCAGGUUGCAGCUUUUUCGGAACGGUCCAGAACGAAGGCUUUUGCACACUGUGCUAUUUUGAAUACCAGGAAAAUAAAGAUACUUCGAUGCUUCAUGGCAGACGGUCACAGCGAACUUCUCCUGUGUUGGGGCACUCCGGAACCUCAGUCACAAUAUACCAGAACACUGUUUCCUGCCUGGGUCGAGAAUGUGGCACGAUAGGGAGCACCAUGCUCGAGGGAUACUGCCAGAAGUGUUUCAUCGAAGCACAGAGCAAGCGGCUGCGGGAAGCCAGAAGGACUGAAGACCAGCAAGGGAGACAGCAAGAACGCAGAGAUCUUCAGCAGACGACUGCAAGUUCCCAAAAGCAGAGGUGUGCCACAGCUUCCUGUAGGAACAACUUGACUUCUAGGAGUGGGGAGCCGUGUCAGCAAUGUGUGCGGGUCAGCCAGCGGAUACAGUCUGGGUCAUCUCAGGGAGACCCUUCAGCAGAAGAACUUCCCAAACAGCGCUGCCGGGCCCCUGCUUGUGAUCACUAUGGCAACAACAAGUGCAAUGGCUACUGCAAUGAGUGUUACCAGUUUAAACAGCUCUAUGGGUAAUGUGCCUUGAUAAGCAUCAUGCCUCUUGCCUUGCCAGAAAACAAAAACCCACAACCCAAUAUUGAAAAUGGUGCUACAUCCAAAACACUCAUUUAUCCUUUCUGGUCUUCUUCAUGGCCUGUGAAAAGGGUGUGUGACUUUGACAGGAAAUGAUAAGCUGAAUUUUAUAUAUUUGCAUGUGCACAUGAGAGAGAGAGAACGCAUGCAUCUAACGGCACAAAGGACAAUAGUGUGUGCAGUCAAGAAUUUCAUAUCCUGGGACAGAAGAGCAGUUUGUUUUCCACAGAGGUGGGCUUGGGCGGAAAGUUCAUGCUGAAUACUUGGCUAAAGGCCUAAAAUUCUUUGGACUUCUGCUGAAUACGGAACCAUACAGAAUGAGUAUAGCUUCUAUACUACGCAUUGUGUUUUUUGUGUGUGACCUUUUUGCUGGUACCUCAUGCCCCCUGCGUGAAUACUGAAUUUCCAGAUGUAGAGUAACCUGACUCAAGGUUUGAAUUGAAGAGUUUUUUGCAGAACAGCCAACAGCCUGGGGCAGUUGUCCCUAAAAAUGCUGAUUGCUCAUGGAUGAAAUUUCAUGGGAGCUGAGAAAGAAAUAAAGUGUGUUAGCAAGA